AUGGGCUCUUUGAAAUUCUUUUUCCUGCUGCAUCAUUUUUCGAUUUCCCAGAAAGUUUUGAAGAAGAAGCCCCACGUGAUCUUCGUCCUGGUUGAUGACCUCGGAUUUGACGAUGUUGGAUACGUCAAUAAAGAUGUCCACUCGCCAAAUAUCGACGCUCUUGCAAAAGAUGCCCUUCACCUCAAAAAUUACUACAACCAGCCUUCAUGCACUCCCUCCCGCGCCGCUCUAAUGACAGGCCGGUACAAUAUCCGAAUGGGCAUGCAAAGCGGCGUGAUCAGGCCAGAAGAGCCGGAAGGAAUUCCUCUCCAAGAAACACUCCUCUCCGAUGCGUUCAAACAGUGUGGCUACAGAACUGGACUUCAGGGAAAGUGGCAUUUGGGCUUUUACACGUACCACCAUUGUCCGCAAAAUCGCGGGUUUGAUCGGUUCUAUGGCUUUUAUCUUGGAGCGCAAGAUUACUUUUUCCACGAUUCUGGACGAGCAAAUGAGCACAAAUACAGCUACGAAAAUGAGAUCUCCGGCGUGCACAAUACUCGAUUCUCGCAAGGAACUUGGGGCCGACCGUGGGGAUAUGAUUUCAGAGAAGCGUUUCCAGGAGGAGAAGAAAAUGACAAGAUCUUGGAUGAUACUUAUACAAAUGGAACUUAUUCGACGAAGCUUUUUGUUGACGAUUUUAUCAGUCAACUUCAGAUUAACAGUCCAGAAGAGCCACUUUUUAAUUAUGUUUCUUUUCAGGAUGUCCAUGGACCCCUUCAAACAGUCAACCGUUUCAAAAACCUCUACGAAGACAAAACAGACACGUGGACUCAUGAGCGAAUCGAGUACUCCACAAAAGUCUCCACCCUCGAUUUUCACCUUGGCCGAAUGGUCGAUGCUCUCAAACAAUACAACUAUUGGGAGAACACCAUUCUCAUUUUCACAUCGGACAACGGGGGUCAGCCUCGCGAAGGCGCUUCGAACUGGCCAUUGAGAGGAUCGAAGGGCACGAUUUUUGAUGGAGGGUUGAAAUCCAGAGCGUUUAUUGUUUCACCUCUCUUGCAAAAUCGAAUCAAGGGUGAAGAAUACAAACCUCUCUUCCAUGUCUCCGAUUGGUUCCCAACGCUUCUCAAGCUGUCUGGUUGCGAGAUUCCAGAGUCGGCCGGGCGACCACUAGAUGGAAAAGCUCAAGAACUAUUCGUCCACCAGCCAAAAGCAGCUAGAAAUAACAUUCUCCACUUUCUCGAUCCGCUGGUUCAGCAUGAUUUCAAUGACGAAAGAGAAUUCUCCUACCUGAAUAAUCGAGCUUUCAACGUAACCAUCAAGGCGUCUUAUCGAAGCGGAAGAUGGAAGAUCAUAACAGGCAAGCCUUGUGGAAACGGUUGUGGGUACAUAAAAAGCUCAAGAAAUCCAAGUUAUGCGAAGGAUAAUACGAAAUUGACAGAUAUGAAGAAGGAGAAGAAUAAAAAUGUGCGACUCUACGACAUGUGGGCAGACAGAGGGGAGAAAUUCGACAAAUCAGAUUCAAAACCGUGGAUGACCAAGAAGCUUUUGGAAAAACUCGCUGAUUUCUAUGAUGAACAGGUGAUGCCGCAAAAGCGGAAAGAAAGCCCGAAUGCUGACCCGGACAACCAUGGUGGAGUUUGGAUGCCCUGGCGAGACACAGAAGUUUUCGACUACACCCAGCACUCUUACAAAAACAACUUCUCGAUGCAGCAGACAAAAUGCUUGUUUGAGCAAAAAUCUCUUGAACAACUCUUUAUCUCGAAACCGACAAAGCAAGAGCUGCUCAGAUCCUCUGUCAACCGCAAAAGCUGUCAAUAA